CGCCAAAUUGUUGGCCUCGAAUCGCGGCGAUGUUUAACACAUUUGCUUUCCGUGCGUCUUUGCAAACCGCUUAUUCAUCAUUUUCACGUAUAUGCGACCUCGGGUAUGCUAUUCAGCAUUUGUCGUAGCAUUUGUGUUCUGGUUUUGGCGUUGCGUGUCUGUGCUUUCAUCUAUUGAAUAUAGGAAAAAAUAAGACGAGUUGGUGUGCAAACAAUUGCGCCGUUGAAAUCGCUGCCGCCGACAUGUCCACCCGCGAAGAAACGUGUGUUGAAAAUAUUAUUGAUCAUGAAAGGAUAGGAAGAAUGAAACAGAGAAAGGUGUGGAGGUAAAUGAUUUGCGUAAGCGACUAACCUCCACCGAGAACCGGCGUCACGAUUAAGUCGUCGCCGGUCUUGCGCGCCAAGCACAACAGGUGUCUGCGCCGAUCAUCACCGAUCAUCAUUCCAGACGUACUGGAAGGCGGGGCUAGACACUGUUAUGCAUUGAACGCGAAUAUGAACACGUUUAGCGAGUUUGUUAGAGAUUUCGAGGAGGCGUUUUGCGAGAGGAAAAGCCUGACGGAGCGCCACGCGGAGAUGAUCGCUCGAAUCCAGCGCCGCGGCGAGGCGACCGACGCUUACGUGUAUGAGAAGGCCUCGCUCUGCCGCAAACUAGAUCUCAACCACCGAGGGACAUGCGAACAGAUAACGGUCGGGUUAUUUUCUAGAGGCUCAGCUAACGCCGUAGCGCUCAACCAAUACACGAGUGUCAAUGAUUUACUUCACGACGUUUUAAGAUUGGAGAAAAUAUCUCUGGACCGAGGACGGGCCCACCGACUGCCCUUUAGGCAAUGCCAACGACCGUGUCUUUCCGGGAAGUUCCCACUAGCAAGCACUUCAUGGCGUACACGACACCAGCGGCACUAAAAGACCAACCAGCCGCCGCGGCGAGACUCCCAGCUCGAGGCCGGGACGGACGGCCGUUAUGUUUCCGUUGCCGAAACUACGGUCACGUGGCACGCUAUUGCCAUUCGCCCCCAGUUACCACUGAAGUUAAACAGGAGUCCCCCGGAUCAUAGGCACAGUUCCAUGUUGCUCUACCAGGAGAGGAGUGUGUCAAGUACCUAAAGGAAGCCUCCAUAGGUGGAAACCACACAGUGACGGCCUACGUCGAUCCGGGGAGUGCUGUGUGCACGACUGAAACUGCUGCCACACGUGACCUCUUUGCGAGGUUUUGGCCAGAAAAUGGUAGCGACUAAGGGUAAGGUAGGAACCACAAUAAAUAUUGAAGACGUGUGCGAGCAGGAACAGCUACUCGUCAUGGAGCACGCUGCCCAGCCUUUUGACCUGUUGCUGGGGAGGACGCUCUUAGAUCGACCAGGCUACAGGCAACAGCUCCCAGGAACCGUUUCUAGCCAUGACGUAUUUUGAGAAGCCCAGGAAGGUACCAAUGCACACGCUGGGAGAAGCAACUCGUGACAGACCAUACGAUGCGGGUAGGCGGGUUGGUUUUUGUGGGCUUUGAGAUCCGGGGAGAGUUGAAGUCAGCGGGGGAUGUGAACAACCCCACCGAGAUUUAAUCGUGGGUACUUCGGACGAGGCAGCGCCCGCAUUCGGCCAAGAGCUGUGUUCCAAACUUGCCGCUAUGGACGUUGGUAAUUCAGCUACUGAGUUUGUCUCGCCGUCGAACAACGACCAGCAUGAGCAUGACAUGUCGAACGAGUUCAGCUCGCCAGACAAGCACCAGAGUUCCAAGUCGGAGCAUUGCGACAAGCAUCGUGAUCAUCAGAGUCGCACCAAGGACCACAAGAGCUCCAAGGACAAGGAUCGCCAACAUAGCAGUUCCAGCAAAGAUAAACUAUUGGCGGUGCGUUUGUAUACGUCUAAACGGAAAUAUGAUAGCAAAGAGGAUGAAAAGACGGUGGUGCAAUCGAAGAAUUGCUCGCGCUUGGAAGACAAUGAUGACUACAAAGACGUGAAGCCAAUUAAAAGAGAGAAGAAGAAGUCGAAGUCCACGCCAGCGGUUGUCAAGAAGAAGCCGGCUGGCAGCCCGAUGAAGCGUAAGAAAAAGGCCAUGACGAAUUGUAAGUAUGGCCUUGGGGCGUAGUCGGCUGGACUGCGCGCAAGCGCUGCGAGUGAAGAGGGAAGGAUACUCGAGGAGUGCGAGAGAAGACAGGCAAGAGGGGAGUCGAGUAGAGUACGUGGCAAAGAGACGACAGCGUAAAAGAGGAGAAGUUGAGAUUGUGAAACAUAUAGAGAUUGUAUAAUUAGAGAGUAAGAGAUUUUGAAUUAGAGACCACAUGUGGAGUUAUUUCUUAAAAAAAUAUUCGCUUAUAUGGAUUAUCCUGCGGGAGAAUAAGAGAGCACAAAUACAAAGUUUUUUAUUAUCUCCGUCUCCUCUUUGUGCGAUGCUUCGUAGCUUCCCCAAUCAACAUGCUGCGACCUAGACGAUCAAAUCUUUCCCGACAAAACCGUAAUGCAACUAAGAUUCGAAAUAUUGCGAAUAGAAGGACGGACUGAAGAAGAACAAGAAAUUGCACGUGAAAAGCGCCUCUCAAUCACAAGAGCAAAGCGAGGUGGAACAAAGUUUGCCGGGUCAGCUAGUUAGAAAUAAAAGUAAAACGUUAAAUUAUUACAAGUAGAAUCUUAAAGCAACCCGACGUCUUAAACUCCCAACCAUGACUUUAGUAAAUGUCAAGUGACAUUCACAGUUGAUGUCAGCACCGCAUCUGCCUACUUGAUAUACGAGUACAAUUGCCGCUCGCCUGUUUGAUUCGCCGAAAUCGACGUAACGAGCCUGUGGUGCAGUGGAAUAUAAUUUAUUAAGUUUGCAUAAACAUAUUUAAAUACUCCUACAUUCCUACUGGAGAUAUAAAGACAGGAAUAAGAGGUAGGUAUACUACAAGCUUAUACAGCUUCGUGAAUUAUUCGGAAAACUUCGUUAUAGUACGUCAAACCAUUUGUAGUUUGUUAUUUGUAAACAAAAAAUAUAUCCGAUGUCACAAUCAUUUCCAUCUUUCAUAGAUAAAUUUGGAGCUGUGAUCAGGAUGAUGUAUCCCAAGAGUGAUCCUCAUAGUGAUCCUAAUCUAAAACGCGUUCACCAUGGCAAUGACAACCAAGGAGAACCUCCUUCCAAGGAGGUUAAAUUUGAAAUUGGUUCAAUGGAGGGAGUUAUACAAGACUGGUCAAACCCCGACGUAAAUCAUAUCACUUCAUCGUUAUCAAAAAGAGAAGCAAUGGAGAUUACUAAUAGUACGAUUACUAAGGUCGAGUUGCCAAUUAAUUCCUCUGAAUCAUUGCAAAGCCAAACUAUUCCUGACUUGAUUGAUGACAUGUUUGCAGACUGCUUCAAAGAAUUUUGCAAUAAUAUGAAUCAUAAAGAGCGCGGUGUGAAUUCACUGAAGCAUUAUUUCGCAUUUUUACCGCGUAAUAUACAAAAUAUGAACAAUAAUUUUGGUUCGCUAUUUGCAGAAUAUGAUAUUGCCUAUGCAGAAGCCGAUAAACUGCGAAAGGCUGAAACCGUUGAUAAUAUUACUUCUGAGAAUUUUGAGAUGUAUAUUGAGAAUAGUGGCAGCACAAUUCCAGAAUUCUUGUUGGAUGAAAGCAGUGACGUCUUGCUACAAUAUGAGUUACUAUACCAACAAUUAGUUGCGAAGACUAAUAAAAUGAAAGCAAUAACUGAAAAAAUUCGGAUAACACAACGUGCAUUGUACCGAGCAGUAAAUAGUUACAACAAAUGUGCAAAAAUAUGUGAAAAGUACAAAACUCGAAUGCACACAUUCCAAAAGAAUAUUCAUUCCUUUAUAGAAUCGUUUAAAAGACAUUAAUUAAACGAUAUAUCGCCGCCGCUGCGGCGUGAUUAUUACGGAGUUCUGUGUAAUACUUAUGUUUGAGUGAUGAAGAUAUCAAAAUGGUUCAAUUUUAAAUAUAUUCGAGUAAAUGAUAUUUCGAAAAAAGCUUGCAUACAUUGAUUUAUUUUUCAAACUAAAUAUGUAAAUUAUCUAAUUUGGUAAAGAUGUUUUUAAUCAUUAUUUUCUACUUCCACCUCGAAAGCGCCAGUUUUUCCACGGUUUUUAUACUCAAAAAGUGGUACUUUAUAUACGGACGGCCAAGCCGCAUAUAAUAUUCAUUAUGUACCUACUCGAGACGGAGCAAGACGGUAUGAAAUGCCAUGCGACGUCAGUCAAACACGUCAAAGCAGGCGCUGCUGCUGCUCGUAUCGGAGGGGCACGAUAUGAACCGAAGCGUCACGUGGGCCGGCGCGCGAUAUGGCACUUAUAACCUUACAGAUUGUAUAAGUGCGAGCAAGUUUCGAUGAUUUAAAAUGCAAAAGUUGAAAUACAAAAACCGCAACGUGGAACUAGCAUUUUUUUACUAUAUAAAAAUAAGUCUGGUUUUCCUUCCUGACGCUAUAACUCCAGAACGCACCAACUGAUUUCCACAGUUUUGCAUUCGUUGGAAAGGUCUCGGGCUCAGAGAGGUUUAUAGCAAAAAAAAUUGAGGAAAAAUUUCAACAGAAAAGCGGGAAAAUCUCUUUUAAAAUAAAGAGCUGUAUCUGAUAAGUACCAUGUACUAAAAACCAAAUACUUUAAGUAGAUUUUCUGAUUAAGUAAUUUCAUGUUACAAAAAGGUAUUGUGUUCCCUGUGAAAUAGUUAAAAAAAAAUUUAAAAAAGUUAAUCGUUUCCUAACUUUUACAAUGGAAACCAUCAAAUCAUUCAUACACGUGAUGCAAAUUUUUAUUCAAUUAAAACAGCAGGCAUUUGGCUUUGAGGUGUCCAAAAUGCCUUGAGGACGACGUGCGAACAUCGGCCACCCCACAAGUCAUGCAAGCCAGCAAUAAGUGAAUUCACAGAACUUAAGCGAAGAAAGACAAAAUAAAAUAAGAGAAAAUGCCCGAUUGAGACCACGCGUAAGCACACCAAGAUCAUUGGCAUCAUACAAUCACUUGGCAUUGGAAUAUGAUCCCUCUGCGAACUACAGUGAUGAUGAAAAUUUAGAUAUUGGACCAAUGACGACUAUAUGCCGAUAUUGCAAUGCGUGGAUUGUGCUGGGCAAGUGGAAAGAUCAAACUGGAUCCAUUACUUACACCACCACAGUCACUGAAACUAUUGUUCGAUGGAAGUGAUCCUGAUUCAAGCCAUUUUCUUCAACACAUCCUUGAAUACAAUAACUGCUUUCGCAUGACUUCCUUUGGAGCUGAUAUCAUUCAAGAAGGCGGUUUCAUGCCGACUUGCAAGAUACAAGGACAAUUAUAUCAUUUGCAUGGUUCAAUGGUGUCAACACCAGAUGAACCGCCUCAAUUUCUGCAAAUUUCGUCAAUGGUGGAUCAGCUGAAUGUGUGAUGCAAUAUACAAGGGACCCAACAGUUAAAGAGACGAAUUAUUGAACAGUUGCAAGCAUUUUUUCACGCUAAUGAUGCUGUGGUUAAUAUGUUCAAAACAGCAUGGGAACGAAUGCCAUCGGAUACGAACAAAUUUGUCCUAAGAGCGAGACAUUAUCGUUCAGCGAAGAAGCAAUAUCAUGCAUCGUUUGUACGAUGUGUUACAAUAUCCAAUCAUUUAUUGGCAAGGGCAAGACGGACACGAAACCACGUUGAAGAUGGUCGAUCUAAUUACCGGCGUAUCAACGAAUAAAAAUCUAAGCGCAAAGAAUUACUAUGCAUAUGGUAUGAUGAUUCAUACACAUGAGGAGAAUGUCAUUCUGAAGUGCCGUCGACUAUUCCAGCAAUUCGCUGUCGAUAUGCAUGUCAAAGUCGAGACCGAUCGUUUAGCUUUCAUACAAUUUAAUCAGGCAAAGCUACGAUCUGAGGACUAUAUACACUUGCGUGAUGCUAUUCAUCCAGAUGGUGAUGUUUAGAAUUUUUGACGUCUGACGAUUCUCCCAUCAUCUUAUAUCGGAAGCCCACACCACAUGCACGAAUACGCUCAAGACGCUAUGACGUACGUGCGAAAUUAUGGAACUCCGGAUUACGUUCACAUGCAUUCCGAAGUGGACGGAAAUUGAACGUGAGUUGGAACCGGGCCAAAAACCACAUGAUCGCCAUGACAUAAUCGCCAGAGUAUUGCAGCAAUAACUCAAGGUUAUGAUGGAUGUGCUUACUAAGUAUCGAGUUUUUGGUGACACACGUUGUUAUAUGUACUCGGUGGAAUGGCAGAAGCGUGGACUACCGCAUGCUCAUAUCCUAAUUUGGUUGCUGAACAAUUUACAUUCAAAUGAAGUGGAUGACAUCAUAUCAGCCCAUCUACACGACAUUGUGAUGACAUAGAUGGUGCAUGGACCGUGCGGUGCAUUAAAUCCAUUAACGCUUUGCAUGGCUGAUGCAAAGUGCACACAACAAUAUCCGCGACCGUUAGUUGCUGAAACACACACAGGGAACGAUAUCCAGUUUAUUGUCGGCGUUCAAAAGAAGAUAAUGAUCGAACUAUCAAAGUUAAAGUUCAAAAUCAAGAGAUGAUAUGAAUUCAUUGUACCAUAUUGCCCGCUGCUAUCACGAAUUUUUGAAACACAUGCAAACGUUAAGAGUUGUCAUUCGGCCAAAUCAAUCAAAUAUUUGUGCAAGUACGUCACAAAAGGCAGCGAUAUGGCUGUGUUUGGUAUUGCGUCGGAAUGACGUAAUCAGCAACUUCCAAAUGGAUAGAUUCAUCAGUACUAAUGAAUCACUUUGACGAUUAUUGUCAUUUCAAAUUCAUAAAAAAUAUCCCACAGUUGUACAUUUAGCAGUGCAUUUGGAAAAAGGCCAAAGAGUUUACUUCACUGAGGCUAAUGCGGCACAAGGAGCUGAGAGACCACCAUCGACAACAUUGACUAACUGCUUUGAAAUGUGUAAAGGAGAUCCAUUCGCAGCGACGCAGAUGUACGUUGAAAUGCCCAAGUAUUACACUUGGAAUCAAUCAACAAAGAAAUUCCAACGUUGCAAACAAGGAACCCCAGUUCCAGUCACAUGUAUACUGUUCAUCCUAGAAAUGAUGAAUGUUUUUAUUUACGACUGCUGUUGGUAAUUGUACGUGGACCAAAAUCAUUUGCGCAUUUGAAAACUGUGAAUGGCCACCAAUGCCGAACAUAUCGAGAAGCAUGUCAACUAUUGGGUUUGCUAGAGAACGAUUCUCAUUGGGAUUUAACACUUGCGGAUUCAGUUGUUUCAUCAAAUGGGUACCAAAUGCGAACGCUGUUCGCAAUUAUAAUUAUCACAUCUUCCUUCACAAUCAAUUCAGUUAUGGAACAACGGUACUCGAUUUUCGUUCAAAAGACUUAUGCCGAAUUUGAUUGGGGCAACCAUUAUUAACGGAAAGUACGCAGGUGAAAAUUUAUGUAUUCCUCGAAUACCAAUGAUUCAGACUGAUCUUCCGUUUGACUUCAAACGAUUGCAAUUUCCAGUUCGCCUUGCGUUCGCAAUCACAAUUAACAAGUCGCAAGGCCGAUCGCUUAGUGUUUGCGGGAUAAAUUUAGAAAAUCAUUGUUUUUCAAAUGGGCAGUUAUACGAUGCGUGUUCACGAAUUGAGAAACCAUCCGCUUGAAAAAAAAUGUGGUUUACCAACAGACACGUAUAACGCUUCGAUCCAGUAUUUACUUUGGAUUCACUUUCAUUUGGUCUCCUGUUUCACUCACUACACAGUUUUCGGCCAUCAUUAUGGUAUAUGUAUCAAGUGUAGUAGUAACGUUUACAAUUAUCAUAUUGCUAUCUCAGUGUAACUCUCAUAUUAACUAUUAAUUAUUACUGUUUUAUUCAUAACUAGCGGACCCAACAGACUUCGUUCUGUUAAAAAAAUUUGGAAUGUGGCAGAUUUUGUUCCUUCCUAUUUUAUAGUCGGUGCAAAAAAUUCUCCUGAACAGAACAGUCACCCCGUUGACAGGGCGCUUCCACGAACUUUCGCCACCCUAUCAAGAACAAAUUAUAUUAGUGGGACCCACUAAAACAUCCCGAAUUGACCACUUUGCACAAAAAACGAAAUGAAUCAAACAAACCUGCGGAAUUUGUUUCGUUUGUCAGUGGACAAAAGAAAACUCAGUAGAAAACACUUUGCGCAAAACAGCAUAUAAAACAAUAAAUCAAAAAUAAGUCGAAGAA